CAACAACCAAAAUGCAAGAAUCUGAACAUGCUCCUCUGCACGUUGGCACUUUGCAUCUCUGCAAAAGCUCCAGAGGCUCAACCUAUAGAGCAAAAAUUCUGGAUAAGCGGGAGGGAAACUUUCCGAAUACGUGUGAAUACUAUGUUCAUUAUUGCGACUGUAAGUAUGAUGACGGUCGACUGGAUGAGUGGGUAAGUGGGGAUCGUCUACACGAGGAAGAGCUAGCCGACGAGGCAGCCGAAAACUCGCGAUAUGGGAACGAUUUGGACGGUUCUCAUUAUAAUGACGGCCGCAAAAUGACGCGCAACACGAAGCGGAAGCAUAAGGAAGGCAACAACAAGAAUCCACAUGCUCUCUUCAAUGAGACUGAGCCAGAAUGCGAGGAGCGGCCAAAAAUCAAGAAUAUCGACAUUCUUCAGUUCGGUUCGGUUUUAAUGACUCCUUGGUAUUUUGCACCGUAUCCUGCUGGAGAGAAUGGGCAAUGGAGAGCUUUGUAUGUCUGCGAGUUUUGUUUUAAAUACAUGAAGUAUUCCAAAUCCAUAACAUGGCACAGGUCGCAUUGUAAACGACGCAAGCCUCCUGGACAAGUAGUCUAUGCAAAAGAAAGACUUCGGAUUUAUGAGGUCGACGGGAAAGCGGAGAAGCUUUACUGCCAGAACCUGUGCCUAUUGUCGAAGCUCUUUUUAGAUCAUAAAACGGUCUAUUACGACACGGAGCCUUUUUUGUUUUACGUACUUACGGAAUCAGAAGUAAUGAAGACGGACGUCGAUCAUGCUAUGGGAUAUUUCUCUAAGGAAAAGCAAUCAUUUGAGUCCUUCAAUUUGGCCUGCAUUCUCAUACUGCCGCCGUACCAGAGGAAAGGGUAUGGUCGAUUGCUCAUAGAAUUUAGCUAUGAGCUCUCGAAGCUGGAUGGAAAGAUCGGAUCUCCAGAACGCCCUUUGUCAGAUCUAGGUCUUGCUGGUUACAAAUCAUAUUGGCAGGCGGUCUUAGUUGAUAUUCUGUUAAACAACACCUCUACGAAAUGCUCCAUAAAUGAGCUAGCGCGAUUGACCAGCAUGGAUGAAGAAGAUAUCAUUUUCACCUUAGACACUAUGAACUUGCUACGAUUCUGCGACGUCUCCCAUACAAUUUGCAUCACACCAGUCAUGUUGGAAGAGUUUCUCAGGAGCAGCAAGACGAAGUGGGAAAGAUCCGUCGAUCCAGAGUGUGUCAACUAUGUCCCUCUAGCAAACCGUUGAACAUUUGUCAUAUCCAUGAGAUGCCAUUGUGUAAGAUUACAAGAUGCUCUAUUGUAUGCAAAAUCUAUGCGUGGGGUGUCUGUUACUGGGCCGUCUUCUUCUCUCGAUUGUGUGCAGCUUGCCGAAUCAAUGCCUCGAUGAAGGAAUGUUGCUGCGCGUUCAAGGCCUGUCUGACGAGAGACGCUGACUCCGGGUUCCCCGCCAGCCGCUGCAUCGUCCUUUCAAAUUCGGCACUAUGAGCCAACAUUUCAAGAUAUUUAUCGUCAUCGUCGAGGACGUCACAAUCAUCAUCUAAUCGCUAUGUUAAUACUUCUAUGCAUCUGAAUAACGAUGCAUUUAAUGCCAUUACCAGGUGCAUCCGUGAAAAAGAUCUCUGCGUCCUCAUCUUCUUCCACAUCCUGCUCGUCUUCGUCGUCCAGACCCUCGGCAUACAUUUUUUCUUCUGCUUCUCUUGCUACAAGUAUAUUAGACUCUAUAUAGAAACGUGCCGCGAAAUCAAGCUACUCUACCUUGUAUGGCUUCUGGAUAUGAUUCAAACACCUGCAGAACACAAAGAAGAACCUGAGUCCAGCCGGGC